AUGGACAAAGUCAAAGACCAAUCCUCCGUGGUUGAUGACAAUGCAUCGACCGUGGAAGGCCAGAUCGGAUUCUCGAGCUCAUAUCGACCCAUGCCAGAGUCACUCCGGAGCCUCACCGAAGACGAGUUCAAGAAGUUGAACAAACAACUUGUUCGCAAGAUUGAUUUCAUCAUCUUGCCCCUCAUCGGAAUAUUAUACAUCUUGAAUUACAUCGAUCGUCAAAAUCUUGCGGCGGCUAAACUACAAGGAAUCAUGGAGGAUCUCAAUAUGACUACUCAGCAAUUUGCUACUGCUGUAUCGAUUCUUUUCGUCGGUUACCUGCCCUUCCAAAUCCCCAGCAACCUGCUCAUCACCAAAAUCUCCCGUCCCGGCAUGUACAUUUGCUGCGCUGUGGUAAUCUGGGGCGGCAUCUCGGCAGCUACCGCAUCGGUCAAGACAUAUGGACAGCUGCUUGCUGUGCGUGCCGUUCUCGGAGUGGCAGAAGCCGUCUUCUUCCCCGGAGCAAUCUACUACCUAUCUGCAUGGUACACCAAGAAAGAACUCGGCAAGCGUAUUGCCAGCUUAUACAUCGCACAGCAGUUUGGAAACGCUUUCGGUGGUCUCUUCGCCGCUGCCAUCCUCAAACUGAACGGGCACCACGGAAUUGCAGGCUGGCAAUGGCUCUUCAUCAUCGAGGGUAGUGCAACGGUUGGCAUUGGUUUCAUCUGCGCCUGUUUCAUGCCUGAAUAUCCCCACAACAGCAAGAUCCUGUCCCAAAUGCAGAGAGACCUCGCGGUGUGGCGCAUUGAGUCCGAGUCCGGCGCCGCGGAGGGUACCGAGAACGAGAGCGUGCUUCGUGGCUUUGCCAAAGCCCUUUCGGAUCCCAAGCUUCUGCUCCUCAUCUUCUGCAAUCUGUUGUCACAAGCUCAGGGGUCUAUCGCCAACUAUUUCCCUACAUUGAUAGCUUCGCUCGGCUUCAACAGCACCAUCAGCUUGCUCCUGACCGCACCGCCGUACAUCCUUGCCGGUGGAGUCUACUACGUCGCCAUGUUCUAUUCCGACCGUAAGAACACCGUCUACCCGCUGAUCAUCAUGUUCCUGUCGAUCUCCAUCGGCAUGUACAUCAUCCCCAUGGCCACACUGAGCGUCGGGGCGCGGUACUUCUCCAUGAUGAUCCUGCCGUUCGCAUCCGUCGGGCCCCAGCUCCUCAUGUACAAGACGAUCAACCUGCAUCUCGCGCGUCCUGUCUCAAAGCGCGCGGCCGCCUCUGCCCUGGUCAACGCGCUUGGAGGUACCUCCAACAUCUGGGCAUCGUAUCUUUACUAUUCGUCGCCCCAUUUCUACGCCGCUUUCGGCACGUUGAUGGGCUGCGCCAUAAUGUUCAUGCUCACCAUCACCUUUUACCGGUGGCUCGUGCUACGUGAGAACAAGCGCUUGGAUUCGGGUGAUCCGGCACAGAUUGCCGUGGUUGUUAAGAACGGCGUGACGGAAGAAAUGGUUCAGUUGGGUUGGCGCUACGAGAUGUAUUAA